AUGGAUUUAAUACUGAACGAAUUUAACUAAUCUUUAGCAAAUUAACUACAUCAGCAUCUGACCCCUAGUUUUUUAUGUCUGGAGUGUUCUGAAAUUGCAUGUCUAGAUUGCAUUACUGAUCAUUAAUGCUUUGAAUACUCUGAAUCGAAUGAGCAAUCAUCAGAAGCCAAAAAUUAACAGGCUAAUAGCCAAGGAGUACGCAAACUUUCAAAUAUUCCCUCCGAUAAUGGAAAAUUAUCAGUGGUUAUGAGUGAAAACAUAGAGAAGCAAAAUGAACUCAAGGAGCUGCUGCAGAAGCAGUCAAGCAUUUACAUUAAGAAGUUGGCACACUUAUUUAACGAAUGGAUUAAAGUACAGAAGAAAGAAAUAACUAAGUGCUUCUACGAGCAUAUAGAUAUUGAUCAAAUGGUUGAAGAGUUUUUCGUCUAAAUUGAAUAAGAUGAAGAGUUUAAAGAUGACGACUACCACUUCUUAGAAGACUAAUUCUUGAAAGAGAAGAGUAAAAUGCUAGAGGAGGUCUUUGGCAAAAUGAUAGAUAGUUAUUUAGAAAAAAUGGAAGUAGCAGAGAAAUUUCUAUACAAUAAAGAUGAUCAUUAGCUCAACAUCUAAUUAAAAUUGGACGAUCUACAAAAUACAGAGUCUAGUGAGGGCAAUGAAGGAAAGAGAAGAAUCAAGAAUUCAGAGUUUAAAAAGGCUCUGAUUGAGAAGUAUCGCAAAUCUCUGGAAAUCUUGAAUUUCGAGGAAAAUUAAAAGAUUUUCUAUAUUUCAGAUACUGAAGAGUGUGAGGCUCAACCUGUUUCAAUUAUUAGAGAGUCAGAUAAUAAUUUAGAAAACAUUCAGAAGGUGAAGGAUAUCAUCAAAAUAGAUCUGACUCUUAUAGUGAGUCAGUCUAUUAACACAAGCCCCAACAAAUCAAAUUAAAAGAUCCACAGAGGACAAUCAAAUAUAGGUAGAAAAAAUAGAAAAUCAAGAUUAGUUUCAAAGAAAAGAAGUCAAAAAAAUUAGACAAAGAGUUUUUAGCAGGAAAUUAAAAAGAUCAAAACCAAUUCUUCCACUCAAUCACUUUAGCAACUUAAGAUUCAAAUCUAAACUUAAAGUUAAAUUAAAAAGAAUAGUGAUGAUUCAAGACCAUUUGCUUACAGUGACAAGUUGUUAUUGUAUUUUAAAGGACCAAGUGACUUAAUGCUGGUUGAUCUUAAUGUCAAGGACAGGAUUAGAAGAGAAUAUGAAAUAUUUGAGAGUAAGGGUAAGAUAAGUAAGAAUAAGAAUGGCUUUCAGAUUUUAUAACUGUAAGUGCCUAACAAUUAUAAUGGUAAAAAAGAAAAUUGGAUUGUAAUACUCGGAUCAAACAGAUAGUGUACUAGGAUAAUUUAAUAUGAGCAGAAAUAUGAUGAAAUUUAUGAAAUUGGAACUCUUUAGAUGCCUCAAAUCAGAUCAAAACCUUUGGAGAUUACUUAGUACUCAGCUGCUGUAUACUAAGGCAAUUAGAUAAUAGUUAUAUGUCCUUAGAAUACUAUGGGAGAUCCUCAUAAAACUAAUUUUAUUAUCACUCUAUCAGUAGGCAAAGAAGGGGAGACUUUGAUGGAACUAGAUGCUUUUCCACCUAAUUUAGAAUUCAGGACUGGCCAUUCUACUUUCAUUAUGAAGGACUAUUUGUUUGUAGUAUUCGGAGAUAGAGACUAUUUUGAGUAUAUUGAUUUGACAAGGGUAGAUUCAGAAUUUUAAAAAUUGGCUUACGAAUCAGAAAAGUCCUUUUCAAAUGUGGUGGUAUUUUAAGAUAAAGCAGAUGAAAACUCCUUUUACUUCUUUGGUGAAGCUAAACCAUUGCAGAUGCGCAGGUCUAGCUGUUACAAUCCAUCGGCAAAGAAGCUUCAUAAAUUUACUUUAACUUGGGAAACAGAUGAUCAGCCAGAUGAAGAUGGUCUAUAUAGAGAUUACCCUGUGAAAGUAGUGAUUAAUGAGGUUGAGCUUAGUAGGUAGCUAGUAGGGAAUCCUAAAUUCUCUUAAAGACUUCAGAAUAAAUUUUACUGUGAUAAAUUGAAGAAAUGGAUAUUCAUUGAUGAAAAGGGGCAGUUGUUCACAUUCUAUCCUGAAGAAGCACGAUUUGCCUGGGAGGAAUAUACUCUUCCUUAAUGCCAGUGA